UAAGUUGGCCUGCUCCCGCUAUUUUUUUGUGUUUAAUUUUUUGUAAGAAUUUGUCGAAACUUUUUUUGGAGUAUUUUGGGGGGUUUUUUGAUUUUAAAAAUUUUAUUUUUUAUUUUUUGAUAUUAUUUUCGACAAAUUCUUAUUUAAAGAAAUUUUUCUUCUAUCAGAAAAUUUCUUCGUAUAUAUAUUGGCUUCUUUUUUUAUUACUUUUUUUUUCUUUUAUUUUCUUGUUAAAGCAUUGUUCGAAAUUUUGUUUUUUUUUAAUUUAGAGGGUUCAUAAAUACUCUAUUAAUAUUUUUUCUUUUUGUUCUUUUUUAAAUUCAUCUUAACUAAUUUGAGCAACACUUUUGAAGAUGGCACGGCCGGGGUUUUUUGCGACUUUUCCAUGAGACAUUUUCCUCUUUCCUUCUCUUUAUUUUUCUUUUUUGACCAUUUUGAGUCAUUUUUGAGUCAUUUUCAAAGCAAAUUGUCAACGGAAAUGGUCCGCUAAAAAUCCCCGCCUUCUUUACAGUUUUGGCUUCCGUUAGGAUUUUUAAAAUUAUUUUUCUAGUUAUAGGAUUUUUAGCAAUAAAUUCCAAUAGAAACUAAGAAUGCAACAAGCAAAUAUAUUUUCAUCAAUGCCGUCAACAUCCUCUUCAGUUCCACCCUUGGCAGUUCAUUUAAAUAUGUUAAUAAAUACAUUGGGUGAAGCUCCUAGAGAUGAUGUUAAAUUUCAAGUUUUGAAGGAAAUCAACGAAAAUAUCGAUGAGCUUUUUGGAACUUCAGCUUAUUCAUCUUUAAUUGAAGGCCUUAUAUGUAUUUUUAUGAGAUUAUUACAAGAAACUUCUCCACAAUUUAUUGCUGAAAAUAAUACAUUGCAACUACGUAAAUUAAUGUUAGAAUUGUUAUUUCGUCUAUCAUCAAACGAUGUUGUCAAAUCUUAUGGUAAAAGUCUUCAACAAAUAUUGCUUCGACUUAUUUAUUUGGAAAAUGAAGAAAAUGCUUUAUUAAUAAUCAAAAUCCUUACUGAUCACAUCAAAACAUUUCGUCCAGCAUUUGCAUCAGAAUUGACAAGCUUUUUUAUUCAAUGGAAAAAUGCUUAUACAGAAAUGUUGAGACAUACAGCAAAUGAAUCAAUGUUUUUACAAAAGCCAUUUUCAACUUCAAAAAGAACGAUAGAAGAGAGUGUUGUGGAGGCUUUGAGAACUUGUUAUUUCACUACACCACUUACUUUUUCCCAACCACAACAAAGUGAUGAGAGUGUGACUCCAAUGCUUGAAAAGGUUUUUUGA